AUGAAAAUAUUUACUAACUUAGCAGAAUUAUAUUCUUAUUUUUCACCAUCUGAAGUUUAUUCUAAUUUUAUAAAAUACAAAGAAAAUUUUAUAUCAUCAGAUAUCACUGAUGAAAAUGUAUUACUCUGUUAUAAAUAUACAUUUUUUUAUCUGUAUACAAAAUCUAAAGUUAAGUACAAAACAUUUUGCAGUGGAAUUAUUAAAGAAAAAAUAUUUAAAGCUUGUUUAUCAGAAGUAAAAAGCAAUUUAAAAAAAUUUGUUCCUCUGACAAAAACUGCCAGUAAAAAGGAACAUGUUCCUGUAUGUAAUUUAUAUUCUGUUUAUAAAUAUUCUUGA